GAUCCCUCUGAAUAAACCAAACCUAAACGGAUGUAUUAGAAAUUCAAGAGAUUCAUAACUAUUACACAGACUAUUGUUUACAAAAAUCGAUAUUGUCGUUGUGUUCUCAUCGCUUAUAAAGUAUUUCACCUUGAUUAAGUCCGUAUAGAAAUAGAAACCUAUGUGUUGUCAGAAUGGGGGAUACAAGAAGGAACCUGGCAACACAAACUGUCAUUUUUCCGGCGCGGGAAAAAUCGUAAACAAGACACACGGCAGAAGAAAGCCCUUUAAUGCAGUCUUCUAAUAUGAUAGUUACACACUAACUCUACAUUUAUUUGUUUUCCUCGUUUGAGUCGCUAUAACUAUACAAGAGAAGAAGAAGCUAAAGUAACUCACCGUUACUUUAAAAAAAGCUUUCGCUGCUAAAUUCAGAAAAACGCUUAGAAAUAAUGUUGCGUUUAUAACGUUAGCGAGCUAUCGUGUUGCUGUAACGUUAGCUUUCGCCUGACAGAUGCUAUCCUCUAAUUAUGUAAGUUAAUCAUUUUAGUUAACAUUAAAGCUAUUUAAAUCGGACAGUUAUUGACCCUGUUAACGUGACCAUGGAUCGAUACAACGAGGUGAAGCUUCAGCUGAAAAGCUUUGAGCAGGGCUUUGUUAAAGACCACCAGAGGAAACCAAACAAGGAGGACAUUGACCAAGCUCCAGAGGAGACCAGACAGCUGUAUAAAGAAUACCGCAGUUUGAAACAAGCCAAAGAAAACAGCAGCAGUGAUGCAGCCAGCGGGCAUGCUGAACAGGCCACAGCUACAGCUGGGAUCAACACAGUCCAGAAGGAGGCGGACUGUUGGGGUGCCCAUCUGAACCGCAGUUCACAGCCUACAUCGUCUCCCAGACUGACACCCGAAGAUAGAGACAGUCUGAAGGCUUCUGCCCAGUACUAUGGCAUGAAGCUUAAAAACAACCUGGCGACACUCAGUAAGGAGAGACCUGUCUCACUGAAGAAAUCUGUCGUUCCCGGUCGGGUGCCUCUUAACUCCUUGAAAGACGGACAAAUUGGACAGUCAAACAGCCCUGUUGUUGUUGCUGCUGCUGCCGCUGUCAAGAUCACUUCCUGUGCCCCCAAAUCCAGCCCUUUCACACCAAGAAGAUUUAACACUGGCCUGGGGUCCCUGGUUUCAAAGACACCCCAGAAAGUGGAGCCAUGUGAACCAUUUGAGCCUGUCAGAGAUUCUUGUGAAGAACCUGCCGGUGCUGCCAGUAGUUGUAGUAGUAGUAGUAGUACUAGUAAUAUUAGUAUUAAGAGUAGUACUAGUAAAGUUAUCAGUUCACAAAAUCAAAAUGUCUCUCGCCCAGCUCCCUCUCCAGCCCGACCUUCUGCCUUGUUGUUGUCGUUAUCUUCUCCACGUAGUGCAGGAAGUUCAAGAGGGGCCAAUGAAACGACAGGAACUUCAGGAGACAAAAAAGAAACUGUUGAAACUUUAGGAACGCCACAUAAGGGUGUUGGUGAGGCAGGCGUUGGAACUUUGAUUAGCUUGAGAGGAAGCCCUCAGGUUGUUGGAGGUUUCAGAGGAGGAAUUGGAGGCAGGGGCAUUGGAGGAAAGACCCCUCCUGCCAGCAGACUGGGUUUUGUUGACAGGAAGUGGCUCGAGAGGUGUCAGGUGUUUGGAGAGAUGGGGGCUGAGGUGAAGCCGGGAGCAGGCAACCAGGAGAUGGAGCUAGAGAAAGAAGGAGAGGGAGAAAGGGGGAGAGAAACUGAAGGGAAAAUCCAAAUGAAUGAAAGAGAGGGGCAAGAAGAAAUGGAUGCAGAGGGAGAAAGAACAGAGGCAAUAGACUUGGGAAGAGACAAAGGGUUUAAGAGCACCACAAGUGACAAAACAGUCAGUGAUAGUGCACUCACAUCUUCUCUAGAACACACUGGAAAAAACAGAGGAGGAGGGGAACAGAAAACGAAAAGGAAAGGAGGUGAGGAGAUGGAAAGAGGAUCGACGCCACCUUUAAUGCCAGAAGACGACAUUAAAGCUAGUCACAGAUCCAAAGAUACAAGACAGAGAAGGAGGAAAAGGCAGAGACAGGGAGACGCGGAGGGAGACACGACAGAGGAGAGAGGAGUGAAGAAGAGGCGUAGGAAUGGCAAAAAGAAAGAGGAGAGCUCUGAUGUAAACCCGAGCCCAGCUCAAGGAGGAGGGAAGAAGAGGAGAGCCAAGAAAAAGGGAGACGAAGAUGGAGAGGCAGAGGAAGAGAAAGAAAUCACGGAACCAAAAAAGGUUCCUCAGGAGAACUUGUUAGGAGAAAUAGAGGAGGAAUUUGGAGCCAGGAGAUCGUAUCACACUCAGCCGGUCAGAGCCAGCGGCAAGAAAGGCUUGGAGGGCAACUUUGUGAAGAUCAAUCUGAAGAAGAAAUCUCACGUCAAAGGGUACGCCGUCAGAGGUGCAGGUCUACGGAAACAGAUGUACAUGCAGAAGUUCCAGCUGAAAGGCGAACGCUUCGGUGGAGGUGGAGGAUUUUCUGGCAGAGGAAGGCGCGGUGGAUUCAGAGGGGGGCUCACUCGACAGGGGGACACCUGCUACAAGUGUGGAGGGACCGGACACUGGGCCAUGGAUUGCAAGGGACCAGCUCCUCCCCCUCCUGUUCCCGAGGACCAGCCCGCUGAGGAGGAGCCGUUUGAACUGCCCACCCUGGAAGAGGUUGCGAGGGCAACAGGCACACUGCAACCUCAGCCACUGGUGUCGUCUCCCAGCAUCACAGAGGAGCAGCCGCACCAACAGAAGGAGGCGGACGGUGACCAUAAAGACGAGGUGUUGCUGAACGUUAUUCGUCCUGACUACGAGCGCCCCGCUCCUCCACCACCAGUGGAACCACUUUAUGAUGUCGGAGAUGAUGGGAAAGUCCAGGAAACACCUGCUGAGGUUUUCGCAGCUCUGAAAGACCUCGGCUAUCAGUCCUUUAGACCAGGACAAGAGGAAGCCAUCAUGAGGAUCCUGUCAGGUCUGUCUACCCUCGUAGUGCUGUCAACAGGGAUGGGUAAAUCGUUGUGCUAUCAGCUCCCAGCCUACCUGUACGCUAAGAGAUCAAAAAGCAUCGCUCUGGUCAUUUCACCUCUAGUCUCACUAAUGGACGACCAGCUGUCUGGCCUGCCAGCCAAUCUGAAGGCAGCCUGUAUCCACUCCAACAUGACGAUGAAACAGAGAGAAGCUGCGAUAGAAAAGGUGAAGUCAGGCCAGGUGUGUGUGUUGCUCCUCUCUCCAGAGGCUCUGGUUGGUGGAGGCCGUUCGGGUUCUGGGUGUCUGCCCUCGGCUCAGGAGCUCCCCCCUGUGGCCUUCGCCUGUAUAGACGAAGCUCAUUGUGUCUCAGAGUGGUCUCACAACUUCAGGCCCUGCUACCUGAGACUCUGUAAGGUGCUAAGGGAGCGGUUGGGAGUGCAGUGCUUGCUGGGACUCACAGCCACGGCCACGCUGUCCACUGCUCUGGACAUCGCACGGCAUCUGGACAUCACCGAUCGAGACGGCAUUGCGGUCCGAUCUGCAGCAGUGCCUCCGAACCUGCAACUGUCUGUGUCCAUGGACAGAGACAAAGAUCAGGCUUUGGUGUCCCUGUUGAAGGGCGAUCGUUUUGGUUGCCUGGACUCCAUCAUCGUCUACUGCACCAGAAGAGAGGAGACGACCCGCGUGUCGGCGCUGCUCAGGACCUGCCUGAACGGAGUGCUCGUGAGGGAAAACAAACAGACCAACAGCAGCAGUCAGACGCAACACAACCCCGUAGGACAGAGAAAGAAAGAGCUGGCAAGGAAGAAGAUCCGUAAACCGCUGAAAUGGCAGGCGGAGUCGUACCACGCCGGCCUGUCGGCGUCAGAGCGCCGUCGCGUCCAGAACAACUUCAUGUGCGGGGAGCUCCGACUAGUGGUCGCCACUGUGGCGUUUGGCAUGGGCCUCGAUAAAUCCGACGUCCGCGGUAUCAUCCACUAUAACAUGCCGAAGAGCUUUGAGAGCUACGUUCAGGAGAUUGGGAGGGCAGGAAGAGACGGAGAUCCAGCGCACUGUCACCUCUUCCUGGACCCUGAGGGUGGGGACCUCCAUGAGCUCCGCCGUCACAUCUAUGCGGACACAGUGGACUACUACACAGUCAAGAAACUGGUCCAGAAAGUUUUCCCUCCAUGCAAAUGUAAACAGAUACACCAGAAACAACGGCAACUGGAACAGGACAUUGAAGAUUCCGAGCUGAUGGAGAUGAUGGAAACAAUGGAUGCGUGUGAUCAGGAGAGCAGCCUGAACCCUCACACUCAGCAGCACGUAGAACAGACAGACACACCAAUACUGUCUACUGCACAGCUGUCACAUACCGAUGCGGCGGGACGGCCCCUCCAAGACGGUAGAGAUGAAGGAGAGGAAAAGGAGGAGCAGAAUGAAGAGCAGACAGCUGAACAUGAAGCUGACGGUUCGAUGAAGCACAGCGACGUGGAGGCAAAAGGAGCUGUUGAUUGGCUAAGGGACCAGGAAGAGGAAAGCAGCGAUUGGCCCAGAGAGCGAGUGUGUCACACGCAUGAGCGAGCGAUUCCCAUCCAAGAAACUGUGGAGGCUCUGGACAUCACAGAGGAAGGUGUAGAAACGCUGCUCUGCUAUCUGGAGCUGCAUCCCCAGCGCUUUGUCGAGCUUCUCCACCCGACGCUUUCUGUGUGCAAAGUCAGCUGCUAUGGCGGACCAAGACAGCUCCAGAAAAUCACCAAAAUCUGCCCUCCGAUUGCUGUGGUGUUGGCCAGAAGGCGGAUGGUGGGCGAGCGGGUGGAGACCUUCGAUCAGCUGGAGUUCGAUGUUGUCGAGGUUGCGGACACUAUGGGAUGGCAGCUUCCUCUGGUGAAGAGAGGAGUCCGACAGCUGCAGUGGAGCAGUGUUGGCGGACGUAGCGGCGUCCACGUUGAGUUGUCCUCCUUAUCUUUCUACUUCCGUUCCUUCGGCGACCUCAGCGACGAGGAGAUGGACAGAGUUUGUCACUUCCUCCAUAAUCGAGUGCAGAACCAAGAGAGAACGCAGCUCUACCAGCUGACCGCCUGCUUCAAGGCCUUCAAAAGUGUUGCCUUCCAGAGCGUAGCGUCCUGUCUCGAAGAUCUGGAUGAGAGUCGCAGUCUCCAUCUGAAAGACCUCCUCUCCGAGUACUUCGACAAGAGGCGGGACCGAGGCCUCGCGCCAGUGGACAUCGAGGAGCUCGACAAAUACAAGUUGUUAGACUGGGAGAAUCAGAUCAGAGCGGACAUCAGAAAUUUUCUCUCCAACCGAAGUGAUGAGAAGUUUUCCGGAAGAGCUGUUGCUAGAAUCUUGCACGGCAUAGGCAGUCCUUGCUAUCCUGCUCAGAUCUACGGCAGGGACCGACGCUACUGGAGGAAGUACAUCCAGUUUGACUUCAACCAGCUGAUCCGACUGGCCACGCAGGAGAUCAUUCGCUUCAAGUGAACGACCAAGUGCAACAUACACAUGUCUGCACCAUUCACUGACUCCCUCGCUCGUACUCUUCGGUCUGGUUUUGAUGGAUUUGAUAGAUUAAACACUUGUUUUGUGUCUCAUAUCAAUUUUAUUCAAUCAUGUUGAAUUAUUUAAUCUGUGCUGUUUUCUACAAUGUUAAGUGUUUAUACAUAAAAAAACGAUAAUUUUGUUUUUCUUUGAAGACUGUAAUUAAAUAAAUAAAUU